GAAGAGGGUUGAGGUAGGUAUAGGUAAGGAAUUAUCCUAAUCCAGCUCGUAUACACAGCUUUGGCACUACUUAUUUAUUUAUGACGUAGAACUCCAACGCAUCGCCGGUACUAGCCAAUUGCCUCUAUGACGGAGGCAUGACGUGCAUAUUCUUGCACGUAUAUAAUCAUCUACUUCUUGAGUAUCGCAAUUACAAACCAUAUUACACUCCACCUAAACAGAAAUUCAUACUUAUCCAACGUUUAACACCAUAAACAUGUCCAACGUUAACGACUUUUCUUCUAUUGAUGCUACUCGUCCCUCUCACCACGUCCAUGGUUCCGAAGACCCUCUCCCAGGCGCAAAACGCGGUGGUGUCAACCCCAUCGAUUAUAGUGCAGAGACAAUGGAGCGCACACCAAGUACUUGGAAUGAGGGCACGGAGCGGAAGUUUGCUCAGGAUCAUCCUGAAAUAAUGAGUGCACAACCCGAGCAGGGACAGACACAUCGCGAACACCAUCACGACCAUCACGACCAUCACCACGAACACCACGACCGUCCACAAGAAGGCAGGAACGCCUUCUCAGAGCAACGUCCAAUGGACGUACACCCAACAUCCGCAGGUGGUGUUGCAGUUGAUGGGAAUUCCGAUUUGCCUGAGGGCAAAGCAUCUAUGAUGGAUAAGGUGGUUGGAAAGACGCAGAAGAUUAUUGGCAAAGCGACACACAAGCCUGAGAUGCACGAGAAGGGAGAGUUGAGAGAAACGGGUGGAAAAGCGGCGGCGAGAGGAGAGGCUAGGGCUCUGCAUGAUUAAUGGAUCAGGCCCUCUGGGAACCCGGAUAUUAUAUACCUACUGUAACAUAAUGUAUAAAUGUUCACCGUCGCUACUCAUAUGUACACCCUCUCUCGCGACGCUGUUAACGCAGCUCACAUUUUGUGAAUUGAUUCGGAGUAAGUACUCAUGUGAGAGAAGAUAU